GUGCCACAGCGCUGAUGGAGGAUCAAACCUGGCAACCCUGCAGCCUGCAUGGCGAGCUGGCGAUGCGGAACCACACCUGGCACCCGAAGCGAGGAGAGGCGGGACUAGCCGGGCGAAAACAAACAAACUAGCUUUGAAAUAGCUGCUUUGUAACACUUUAUUCCCAAUAAAGUCCUCAGGUGCGCGCUCCUCUGCGUGCCCGCCCCUCGAGCAGUUGUGGGGCUUUUUGUUUUUUUUGCUCCCUAAACGCGAGAAGAGGAAAUAACUGGAUUUUAGACUUUUUGCGUCUGAUUUGGACUCUUUGGCUCCUUGGCGGCUCCAAGCAUGGACGUGCUGGCUAAUUACAGCAUUUUCCAGGAACUCCAACUCGUCCACGACACUGGUUAUUUCUCCGCGAUGCCUUCCCUGGAGGAGAACUGGCAGCAGACAUGUCUGGAGUUGGAGCGCUAUCUUCAGACGGAGCCCAAGCGACUUUCCGAGCUGUUUGACGAGGAGCUGGAUUGUCUCCUAGCGCCCGCCAUCAUGCAGGGCAGCGACAGCGACGAGGACCUCAUGGACCCCCUCCUGCCCAGCUUCCCGGACCAGCCCAGCCCGCCCCCGCUACUGGUGGCCCUCCCCAAAGUGCAGGCCAAGCUCUUCCCGAAGACGCAGACAGUGACUGAAAGCCUCCCCAGCAAGGAGCAAGUCUUGGCGGGGGUCAGCGCCGCGCAGCUCAGCGCCGCCGUCACGUCGCUAACGCCGCCCUCGUCGCCGGAGCUCGGGCGCCACCUCGUCAAGCCCACGCUGACGGCCACGGCGGACGGCACUCUCACGCUCAAGUUAGUGGCCAAGAAGGUGGGACUGGGGGCGGCCAAACUGGUGGCGGCACGGACGCUGCCGUCCCCGCCGGGCCCCGGGGGCUCGCUCAGCGACAGCGAGCUGGGCGUCGGGCUGGGCGGAGACUCGGCGGACAACAAGAAGAGGGUUCACAGGUGUCAGUUUAAUGGCUGCCGGAAGGUUUACACCAAAAGCUCGCACCUGAAGGCCCACCAGAGGACGCACACAGGUGAGAAGCCCUACAAGUGCUCAUGGGAGGGGUGCGAGUGGCGUUUCGCCCGCAGCGACGAGUUGACGCGACACUACCGCAAACACACCGGCGCCAAGCCUUUCAAGUGCAACCACUGCGACAGGUGUUUCUCCAGGUCGGACCACCUGGCGCUACACAUGAAGCGCCACGUCUGAAAAUGGCGUCAAGGAGCAACAGAGAGUAGGAGGAGGAGGAGGAGGAGGAAGAGGAGGAGUCUGAGGAGAGUCCAGCUACCAACCGCCUGCCUCGUCCCCCCCCAUCCUUUAGCCCCGCCUAUCACCGCCAGCGGGGCCCGUAAAAGGAGGCGUCUCCGUCAGUCGGGGGGACGCCAGGAAGAGGAGGAGUUGUUAGAUUGUUGUUUUUCUUUCAAGUACCCACUUUUACGCUUACACUCGCCGUCUUUGAACGCAUCACCGCUUCAUCUCCUGGAUAGUUUUUGUUUUGGAGUAGUCAGUGUGCAUACGCCGAGUGUCACACUCGGGUCAAAUAUUCAUGUAGUUACUCGCCGGUCUUGUUUACAGUCCGCCCGGUCCGCUCACAAACGCUGAAGAAAAACGACACAAUCUGACGCCUCGACAUCGGCGGCGGCGCUCCACAGGACGUUUGACUGAAAUGCGCAGCGACACUUUCUUUCACUUUUUUCUACUCGGGAGGAUGACGAUUCUUCUUCUUCGUGUUAGUGCGCAAAGACACAACUUUUUUGGAGAAAAAAAAACAAAAAAAAACUUGAUCAAUACGACCUCAGCAGAAUGUGAGAGGAGCAGCCAAUCAAGAAACAGGAAGUGCUUCUUGUUUCUGGUUUUUUUUUGUUUUUCUUUGUUUUUUUUUUUUACUUUUACUCUGCUGCUGUGAUGUGUGCAGAGAGGUCACAUGACCCCCAGCGAGCUUAGCGGUUCGCUAUCCAGUGACUGCACUGACUUGCUUUUUUAACGCUACGUGUGCUUUUUUUUCUACUGCAAACGACAACAAAAAAGAUUUUUUUUUUUUAAAAAAAAAAAGCAAAACCACUCAAAAGAACUACACACACACACACACACACACACACACACACACACACUGCAGCUACGGGGAAAUAAUUACUUCUAGUCAUUUCCAUGGCAACAGUUUGCACCUCUCGCUGCUUUUGAAAGAGCAUCACAUGACGCCAUGUUGCUAUGGCGACCUGCUAAUUCAGCAUCCAGUCACAGUAAUAAAAAAAACGAAAAAAAAAACUACGCAAAAUCCUGGCGACGCAAGCGACGCACGCUUUCGGGACACGGCGGCGUGUUACCGUUAGCAUCACAGCGACGACGUGGGUCGUCCAUCGCCAUUUUGCGGUUCGGAUUUCCCGACUUCACUGUAUCAGGGUUUUUCAAAAUAAAAUACAUUCAUAAAUAAUUGCUGUUAUUAGUCCAAAACUAUGCAUUUUUACUCAAAUUUGACAUAUUCACGGCCUAAAUUAAAAAAAAUUCGAGGAUAAAAAUUUAAUGUACAAAAAAAAAUGAUUCAGAAGUUGCACUCAAGAUGUGAUGUCAUAUUUUAAUACUGACCACUAGGUGUCAGUAAUGUUACACUGAUGACACAAUAACCCAUGGCUACGAUAUUGAGUGUACAGGUGACUAUAGGGGUGCUAUUUCAUGUCUGGGAGCUCUAAUAAUGUUAAAUUCUUGAUUUAGAAGAUCGCAAAACUGGUUUUAUACGCUCUGAUGACGUAAUAAACCAGGGGGGGCUUUUCUACACGCAGCCUCGUGGAGCCUCAUAGAGCUUUAUGGAUCCUCUUAGAGCUUUAUGGAGCCUCAUGGAGCCUCAUGGGGCCUUGUGGAGCCUCAUGGAACCUCAUGGUGCCUCAUGGAGCCUCAUAGAGCUUUAUGGAUCCUCUUAGAGCUUUAUGGUGCCUCAUGGAGCCUCAUGGUGCCUCAUAGAGCUUUAUGGAUCCUCAUAGAGCUUUAUGGGGCCUCAUGGAGCCUCUUGGUGCCUCAUGGAGCUUUAUGGAUCAUCUUAGAGCUUUAUGGUUCCUCAUGGAGCCUCAUGGAGCUUUAUGGAUCCUCAUAGAGCUUUAUGGUGCCUCGUGGUACCUCAUGGUGUCUCAUGGAUCGUCAUGGAGCCUCUGGGUGAUGCGUGAGAAGUGCAAACUGUGAUGCGUUCAUUUUCCAACAUCUGCUCGAGUUUCUGCAAUGCAACGCUGCCAACAUGAUACCCCCCCCCCCCGCUACAAUCGGGGGCCUCCGCGUGGUGAAACGCUAGGGGGGCUACGGGGGCGGAAGGGGGCGCUCGCAGCUCAGAACAAUCAAAACCAAAAAAAAAAGAACCUCCAGCACGGUUCCAACGUUCCUUAGUCCGUGGCAGCUCUACCGUGUUCUUAACGUGGGGGGGCGGGGGUACCGUACUCCGAAGACCGCCUACCUGCACCGCCGUUCUUCCCCAAGCUGCGACCGUGCUAGCUAGUGCUUGUGGACAAAACGUACAAUCACUGAGGGAGGCUAGUAGCACUUUGAACGCACCGUGUUGUGUGUGCGUGUGUGUGUCCAUGAAACACGCGUGUACACCGUUAGCGUGUUGAUUCUUUGGUACGGUCACGCAUUCUUCGUAACGUUCAUCUUCGCCUCUCUCAUGCUCCGUGUUUUGGUUAGCUCCCGAUUAGCAUUAGCGUUCCCUGGCAGCUAACGAGGCCAACAAGAACAAAUAAAAAGCAGCAGAGGGAAUUUGAAGCGAGCGUAACAGAUUAGCAUCAACGCUAGCAUGAAAUAAACGCACAGUAGCGGCAGUCCCGUUAACAGCCUGCUGGUGGCGCCGCGUCCACUGUAAAAUAAUGCCGCUUUUUAGCGCCGCGCUAGCAGCUUAAAGUAGCUUUAGAGUGGCGGGUCACGUCAGGCGAGCGAGCCGAUCAAUGGGCGGGUCCGGCUGGAGGGGGCGGGGCAUCGGCACAUCCACGCCCGCGCGGCAGCUUUUGUAAAUAGCGUGACUUGCUUAGCGAGCUGUGCUUUAGUCGCGGCCAACGUUGCACUACGUAAUCAUCAUACUUAGCGUAAUUGCACUGUCUGUGUGCGCGCACCGCUAGCUAGCUAGCUUAGUCUGUGGGAGCACCGUUGUCCACUUGUUCACACGUCCACUGACAUAUCCGCUUUUAUUAUUAUUAUUAUUAUUAUUAUUAUUAUUAUUAAAGGGGGAGACUUUGCUACAUUUGUACCUCCACACACUCCCGACCCCCACCUUGAGGACCAACAUGCUCAAAGACAUAGCCAAGCUAUUUGCACUCGACUCCAAAUUCCGUUUAGCAUAUUAUUUAUGAUUUUUUUUUAGCAGCGUCUUCGCCAAAUAUGUACAAAAUGUUCCUAAAAAGACACGAGUGGCACUCAGAGACCCCCGCCAAGGCCAAAAAACCCUAAAACCCGGACUUAAACAGCCAAAAUACUACAUUUAUUCCUGCUAGCUUCAUGCAGCGCCACGAUAGCACCCCCCGAAGGAGCAAAGUGGCACUGCAAGCGACGGCGGCUAAUCGCUUCUGCUGGUUGCCGUUUCGUUGAAUCCCACUCGCACGUCCUGCGUCUGGGCGAUGAAACAGGAAGUAAUCAGAAAUAAAGGACGCUUUCUGGACGCGUCCGAUGAAGCGUCUCGUUGCUCCCCGUGCGUCCACACGUCCGUCACCCGGCGUCACCUUCCUGUGUUUGUCACGUCGUACUCUUAAAACCACUUUUUUGCUGUACAAAGUGUUGAAAAUAUUAUUUGUAUGAUAUGACGUUAGUACGGUAAUGUUCUUUAUUAA